AUGGAGAGCUGGGUCCGGGAAUGUGGAGCAGAGACCAGCACCCAGGCGGUGUCCCUGGCUGAAGGUUUUCUCCUGAGCCAGGUAGAGGAGCAGAAGAAGCAGUGGGAGAUGCAGGUCCACCACAUUCAGAGGCUCAACUUGAAGUCAGUCUCUGAAAAGCCCAAGGAAAGGAAGGAUCUGCCAGAUCCUUUCCAGGAGCUGCUCUUUAGGGGGAUCUUCCAUGAAGAUCAAAGGCAGAACACCUCUGGGAAGGAAAAGUUGCCAUUCAUAAAUUGUUCUCCUUUUUCUGGUGGAGUUGAAAGGUCAGCUGAACUUGUGACUCAGGUUCUUGUGUUGUUUGAGGAGGUGGCUGUGCAUUUUUCCAAGGAGGAAUGGUCUUGGUUAAAUCCUGAUCAAAAAGCUCUACAUAGAGAGGUUAUGCUGGAAAACACCAGAAAUGUGGCCUUUUUGGCCGGCAUGCCUUUGCUUACCAAGGUCAUAUGAGGGAUCAAUAUCCAAGACAGGUGCACUCCCUUCCCUUCCAUUGCUGUUGUGUGCAGCACCAGCGGAGGGAAGCGUUACAAGAAAGGAGCAGAAAGCAGCCAGGUUAGCUAUAUACAUCUGUUUCAUUUAUCGUCAAAGCUGGCACCAGCCAGAAAAUAGAAAAACGCAACUGGUUGGAAGAUUGGAAGAUGUGGAGAGACCUGACCCACAGAAUUGCCAAUAGUC